GAAGAGAGAGAGAGUAAGGAGCCAGCUAUGAAUCCCUUCCAGAAAAACGAGUCCAAGGAAACUCUAUUUUCACCUGUCUCCACUGAAGAGGUACCACCUCAACCCGUCAGCCUCCCAAAGAAGCCACCUCCGAAAAUUUGUGGCUCCAACUAUCCACUGAGCAUUGCCUUCAUUGUGGUGAAUGAAUUCUGUGAGCGCUUUUCCUAUUAUGGCAUGAAAGCUGUGCUGACCCUGUAUUUCCUGUAUUUCCUGCACUGGAAUGAAGACACCUCCACAUCUAUAUACCAUGCCUUCAGCAGCCUCUGUUAUUUCACUCCCAUCCUGGGAGCAGCCAUUGCUGACUCAUGGCUGGGAAAAUUCAAGACAAUCAUCUAUCUCUCCUUGGUGUAUGUGCUUGGCCACGUGGUCAAGUCCUUGGGUGCCUUACCAAUCCUGGGGGGACAAAUGGUACACACAGUCUUAUCAUUGGUUGGCCUGAGUCUAAUAGCUUUGGGGACAGGAGGUAUCAAGCCCUGCGUGGCAGCUUUUGGUGGAGACCAGUUUGAAGAAAAACAUGCAGAGGAACGGACUAGAUAUUUUUCAGUCUUCUACCUCUCCAUCAAUGCAGGGAGCUUGAUUUCUACAUUUAUCACACCCAUGCUGAGAGGAGAUGUGCAGUGUUUUGGGGAAGACUGCUAUGCAUUGGCUUUUGGAGUUCCAGGAUUACUAAUGGUGAUAGCUCUUGUUGUGUUUGCAAUGGGAAGUAAAAUAUACAGAAAACCACCCCCAGAAGGAAACAUAGUGACUCAAGUUGUCAAGUGUAUCUGGUUUGCUAUUUCCAAUCGUUUCAACAACCACUCUGGGGACAUUCCAAAGCGACAGCACUGGCUGGACUGGGCAGCUGAGAAAUACCCAAAGCAGCUCAUUAUGGAUGUGAAGGCACUGACCAGGGUACUAUUCCUAUAUAUCCCAUUGCCCAUGUUUUGGGCUCUUUUGGAUCAGCAGGGCUCACGAUGGACCUUACAAGCCACGAGGAUGAAUGGGAAUCUGGGUGUUUUUGUGCUUCAGCCUGACCAGAUGCAGGUACUAAAUCCCCUUCUGGUUCUUAUCUUCAUUCCAUUGUUUGACCUCGUCAUUUAUCGGCUGGUUUCCAAAUGUGGAAUUAACCUCUCAUCACUUAGGAAAAUGGCUGUUGGUAUGAUCCUAGCAAGCCUGGCAUUUGCAGUUGCAGCAGCUGUAGAGAUCAAAAUUAAUAGAAUGACCCCCCUGCAGCCUGGUCCUCAAGAGAUUUUCCUGCAAGUCUUGAAUCUGGCAGAUGAUGAGGUGAAGGUGACAGUACUGGGAGAUGAAAACAGUACUCUGUUGGAAGAGUCCAUCAGAUCCUUUCAGAAGAUGCCAUACUAUGCCCAACUCCACCUGAAGACAAAAAGCCAGGAUUCCCACUUCUACCUAAAAUAUCACAAUAUGUCUGUCUACACUAAACAUUCUGUGGAAGAAAAGAACUGGUACAGUCUGAUCAUUCGAGAAGAUGGAAAAAAUAUUUCCAGCAAGAUGGUGAAGGAUGAAGAAAGCAAAACAACCAAUGGGAUGACAGCUGUGAGGUUUGUUAAUACUUUACACAAAGAGGUCAACAUCUCCCUGGCUACAGAUAUCUUCCUCAGUGUUGGUGAAGACUAUGGUGUGUCUGCUUACACAACUGUACAAAGUGGAGAAUACCCUGCAGUACAUUGUAGAACAGAAGAUAAGGACUUUUCACUGAAUAUGGGUCUGCUAGACUUUGGUACAACUUAUCUGUUUGUUGUUACUAAUAGCACCAAUCAGGGUCCUCAGGCCUGGAAGAUGAAAGACAUUCCAGCCAACAAACUGUCCAUUGCAUGGCAGCUACCACAAUAUGCCCUGGUUACAGCUGGGGAGGUCAUGUUCUCUGUCACAGGACUUGAGUUUUCUUAUUCUCAGGCUCCCUCUAGCAUGAAAUCUGUACUCCAGGCAGCCUGGUUGUUGACAGUUGCAGUUGGGAAUAUCAUCGUGCUUGUUGUGGCACAGUUCAGUGGCCUGGUGCAGUGGGCAGAAUUCAUUUUGUUUUCCUGUCUCCUGCUGGUGGUCUGCCUGAUCUUCUCCAUCAUGGGCUACUACUAUGUUCCUAUAAAGCCAGAGGAUUUACAGAAGCCAGCAGAUAAGCAGAUUCCCCAUACCCAAGAGAACAUGAUCAACCUGGAGAUCAAGAAGACAAAGCUUUAAUGCCUCCUUGGACUCCGUCCAGACCCCAAUCUCUGGCUUUGGUCUUGGCCAUCACCCAUCUUAAAGCAUUUUUUUCUCCUACUUGGUUAGGGAAGAGAAGUAGCAUUGUAUCUGAGAUGAUCUCCUACACUUUUCUCCUAUGAUAGAAACAGUUCUAGGACUGGGUUUUCCAGUACAUUAAAGUACAAUUCCCCUGAGACUCUUUGUCUUCCUAUAAGUUACUAAACUCUAAAUAUUGUGUAGUAUUGCUAAAGCAGGCUAGGUAUUUCUAAAUGUCCAUUAAAAACACAAAUGUAUAAUUGAAA